CUGUGUGUGUGCAACAGGUUCACAUAAGAUGUACUGGUUUUAACAUAUUUUUUAUUUAUUUUCACACAGGAAGCAUUCAGAGACCACCAGAGACCAUCAGAGAUCAUCAGAGACCAGCUCACCAUGAUCCUGGUCCUCCUGGUCGUGCUUCUUCCUGCAGCUCAUCUCCAGGACCUCCAGGAAGGGUGUCCAGAUGGGUCCUGUAACCCCCCGCUGGGUGACUUGAUGUUGGGGCGAGCAGCUCGGCUGUCGGCCUCGUCCACCUGUGGACUGGAUGGACCUCAGACGUACUGCAUCAUUGGAUACCUGGAGGAGGAGCAGAAAUGCUUCACAUGUGACUCAAGACUGACCUACAAUCGCCAUAGCAACCCCAACAGCCACCGCAUCGAGAACGUCAUCACUACAUUUGACCCUGAGAGAAAGCUGAAGUGGUGGCAGUCUGAGAAUGGAAUCCAUCAAGUCAGCAUCAGGCUGGAUCUGGAGACCGUGUUCCAGUUCAGUCAUCUGGUCCUCACCUUCAAGAGUUUUCGUCCGGCAGCCAUGUUGGUGGAGCGGUCAAAGGAUUUUGGACGAAGCUGGAAAGUUUUUCGUUACUUUGCAGAAGAUUGUUCGCUUCAUUUUCCCUCAGUGUCGGACAAGCCGGCGGACAGCGUAGACGAUGUUAUCUGUGACAGCCGAUACUCGGGAUCAGAGCCAUCAACAGAUGGAGAGGUGGUGCUAAAAGCUCUCGAUCCAAUCUUUGAAAUAGGAAACCCGUACGCAGCGAACAUCCAAGAUCUGAUCACGUUAACGAACAUUCGUGUGAACUUCACUCGUCUCUUCACGUUGGGCGACACACUACUGGCUCGUCGUCGUCGGAACCCUCAGGAUAAAUAUUACUAUGCUCUUUACAACAUGGUGGUCAGGGGAAGCUGCUUCUGUAACGGACAUGCCAGCGAGUGUACACCCGUUGACCCAGGACGGGGGGAUGUCUUCGACCAGACCGCCAUGGUUCAUGGUCGAUGUGUAUGUCAGCACAACACGGCUGGAGAAAACUGUGAGAGAUGUCAGGACUUUCACCAUGACUCCCCCUGGAGGCCUGGAGGAGAAAACUCUGCCAACAUCUGCAGGAGGUGUAACUGUAACGCUCACUCCGACUCCUGUCACUUUGAUGUCUCUCGUUUUGACGCCACCGGCGGCGUGAGCGGCGGCAUGUGUGACAACUGCCGCCAUGACAGGGCGGGUCCACAAUGUGAACGCUGUCGACCUUUCCUGUAUCAGGAUCCUCAGAGAGCCAUUGACGACCCACAGGCUUGCAUACCGUGUGACUGCGACCACGCCGGCUCUCAGGGUAGCGGUCUGUGCGACACUCUGAGUGGUCAGUGUGUGUGUAAAGAAAAUGUUGAAGGUCAACGCUGUGAUCGCUGUAAACAAGGAUUCUUUGGUCUGAGAGCCGACAACCCGGUGGGCUGCCAGGUGUGUAGGUGUCAUGCUUCAGGAAGUGACGGGUCAUGUGAUCAGCAGACAGGAAGUUGUGAAUGUGAUCGUUUUGCGAGUGGACCACUGUGUGAUCAAUGUGUGUCAGGUUUCUGGGGUUUAGGUAACUCUGUUUUCAGGUGUUCACCCUGCGACUGUGACAUUGGAGGAGCUCAAAUCAACACGUGUUCUCCAGAGAAUGGACAGUGUUACUGUCUACCCAACAUGGUGGGGCGGCGCUGCUCUGAGCCUGCCCAGGGGUACUUCCUGCCUCCGCUUGAUUAUUUCCUGUAUGAGGCGGAGCUCGCCACUCCGCUGCUGGGAGGAGGCUUUUCUUCUCCCUCUCCUACUCGUCCUCCAUCUUCUUCUUCUUCUUUGUUGAACCCUGCCCUGUUACCCGACUGUGAGCAGUAUUACAGGGAGCAGGGUUAUGACUUUAAGUUUAGUAACGGUCGAGUGGUUCUGGUCCGGAGGACUCGUCGACUCGCUCGUAGGAGGAGACAGCAGUCCACCAUUCCUCUGGGCCCGGGUCACGCCCUGCAGAUCAUCCCUCGUCAGAGGUCAGCUGAUCGACCUGUCACGUGGACCGGCCUGGGACUGGUUAGGGUGCUAGAGGGGGUGGGCCUAAGAUUCACAGUGGACAACCUACCAUCAUCAAUGGAUUACCAGCUGGUGAUUCGCUACGAGCCAGAGGCUCCAUCUGAUUGGCUGGCUUCUGUCAGUAUCACUACACUGUCGCCGGGUGAUGGAGGCUGCAGCAGCACCCCAACAGGAAGCAAAACGUUGAUUCUUCCUGGAAACUCCAGAGGUGGUGUACUUGACUCCUCCGUGUGUCUGAAUGCUGGCGGGCGGUAUUUUGUUGACGUCCUGUUCAACAAACAGCCAGGACUUGAUGACCAAUCUUCACACAUCCUGAUCGACUCGAUUGGUUUGAUUCCCAGCAUCGAGUCUGUCCAGGACUUUUGCUCCCAGAGUGACCUCGACUCGUUCAGACGUUUUCGCUGCAUUGGAUUGGCUGCUGAGCUUGGCCCACAGGAUGUGGUACCAGAAGUCUGUGAGGGAAUCAUUAAGAGCAUGUCCGCCAGGAUCAACAAGGGAGCCGUUCUGUGUAGGUGUAACGAGAUGGGGUCUCUCCGACCGACCUGCAGUAAACUGGGAGGGUUCUGUGAAUGUAAACCCAACGUGAUUGGUCGUUGCUGUGAUACCUGUUCACCGCUGACGUUUGGUUUUGGACCUGAUGGCUGCCAGCCCUGUGACUGUGACCCUCGUGGUUCUGUGUCAGAGAUGUGCGAUCAGGUCAGAGGUCAGUGUGCGUGUCGGGCAGAGGUCACAGGUCGUCGUUGUGAUCACUGUCAGAAUGGAUUCUGGGGUUUCCCACUCUGUCGAGUCUGUGAGUGUCAGGGACUCUCAGACCAGUGUGACGAAGAGACUGGAGAGUGUUUGACCUGCAGAGAGAACACUGCUGGACCACGCUGUGACACGUGUGUGGAGGGUUACUAUGGUAACCCGGUCUCCAGGCAGCCCUGUCAACCGUGCCUGUGUCCAGACAUUCAGGGCAGUGGACGAUACUUCGCCACUUCCUGCCUACAGGACCCAGAAACCCUCAGUCUGUCUUGUAUCUGCAGGGAGGGACACACAGGUCCAAGAUGCGACAGGUGUAGCCCUGGUUUCUAUGGUAACCUGGCUUUGCCGGGGGCCAGCUGUGAGGAGUGUGACUGCAACAACAACAUUGAUGUGGAUGACCGUGAUGCCUGUGACGGUUUAACGGGAGUUUGUCUGCGCUGCCUCCAUAAUACCAUGGGACCACACUGCCACUCCUGCAAACCUGGUUACUACGGCAACGCCCUGGCUCAGGACUGCAAAGAGUGCUCUUGUGACCGACGGGGUACGCAGGUGACUCAAUGUCCUCUGGGGAGUCCAUGUUUCUGUGACAGAAGGAAUAGUCAGUGUCCCUGCAGGCCAGGUGUUGAGGGCGUCCUCUGUGACCACUGCGAGGAUGGAUACUGGAACCUGGACGGACCGGCUGGAUGUCAACCCUGUAACUGUGACCCAACCAACUCGGAGUCCAACACCUGCAACAAGGUGACGGGUCAGUGUCCAUGUCGUACUGAGUUUGGUGGCAGGCACUGUGAUGAAUGUGAAGAGAAUCAUUUUGGGAAUCCAGACCUGCAGUGUAUCUCAUGUGACUGUAACAUGGAGGGAACUCAGCGUCCGUCAUGUGACCCUGAAACUGGCGAAUGUAUCUGUCGAGUCGGGGUCACUGGGAUCUUCUGCGACCAGUGCGCCCCUGGAUAUGACUCCGCAUUUCCGGCCUGUGAUCAGUGUCAUGCCUGCACCGCCCUCUGGGCCCAAAAUGUCACUGAUGUGCAGCUUGCCGCGCAGACGAUGAGGACCUUCAUCCCCACCUUUAACAACAAGCUGCGGCCUGGUGAUGUUUCCCAACGGCAACAGAUGCUGGAGAUGCACUCCAAGCUGGACAGCCUCUCCAACAUGACAGGACUCUCCCCCCUAAAGGUGGAGAAGAUGGAGAAAAUGUACACCAUGAUCAGGAAGCUGAAAGAUGCUGUUGAUCCAAACAUGAUCCUGAUCAACCCGUCUCCUCUCCUCAACACUGAAAUCGACAACAUUCAGCUGGAGUUCAAGAAGCUUCUGAACAAUCUGAAGGAGAAACUCAUCGAUGACCCCGACAUUAAAGACGGAAAGACAGAGGAGUUGCUUGAUGAGAUCCAGAAACUCCAUAAAACCUUCAUGUCAGACGAAAAAAGGGUCCGAAAUGCCAGCAGAACUGUGGAGGACUCCACGGACACAAGACAGGAAGUCAAACUCAAACUGAGCACAUGCAGCAGCAAAGGCAACCUGGCGCCGCUUGAGAAGAAGAUCAAAGAGCUUAGCGUGGUCACCAUCAACAGAAAGAUCUGUGGAGGACCCGGUCUGCAGGACUGCUCAGGAUGUGGAGGAGCUCUGUGUGGUCUUGAUCUCGGAAAGAGGAAAUGUGGAGGUCCAAAGUGUGACGGAGUCGUUCCCGUCAGUCAGAGAGCUGCAGAGACGGCAGAAAAGACAAAGGACGAACUGGGCAACCUCCCAUCCAGACUGCAGGAGUCCAAAAACAAGGUGAAUAAUGCCAAACAGGCAGCUCAAGACACCAAAGACCAGGCCACAGACCUGCAGGACCGGAUCAAUGACAACAUGGACUCCUUUGAGAGAGAGAAACAGAAAACCAAGGACCUGAUUCAAAGAGUCAAAGACUACCUGAUGGAUGAGAUGAUUCCGCCAGAGGACAUUGAGAAAAUAGCCCGAGCUGUCCUGCACAUCCAACUGCCACGAUCUCCUGAUCAGAUCCGCUCAAUGAUCAAUGACAUCAAUAAACUGCUGAACAAUGCCCCCAACUUCCAGGAUGGCCUGAAGAACUUUGAGGAGCACACCAAGGCUGCCAAUGACCUGCUGCAGAAAGCUAAAGAUCUUAAGGAGCGGACCAGAAACAUUGAUGUGACAGAGAUCAGCAGAGACAUUUAUGAAGCAGCGAACGCUCAAGACAAAGCCAACGAUGACCUGGAAAGAGCUACUAAAGACACUGACAUGACCAGAGACCUCUUCCAAAAUCUUACUGACAAACUGGACGACGUUGAGCAGAAGCUGAUGAAUCGUCGACCUGAAGAUCUGCAGGACGAGAUCGAAAAGCUGAAGAAGAAAACUGAACAGAACAGAAAAAUGGCUAGAAAUGCAAGAGACUCUGCAUACAACGCUUUAAAUAAAACUACUGACAUACAGAUGGAAAUUGAUAAUGUGCUGAAGCUGUUUGACCUUUUAGAGGAGAAAAAGUCAAAGGUCCAAGGUCAGAGUGAUGCUGAAGAACGACUGAAGAAGCUCCUGGGAGAGGCAGAGAUGAUGAAGAGGCAGACUGGGGACAAACUCACUCAGAUAUCAGAGGUGGAGAAGAAGAUCGAGUACCUGAUCAAAAGUAAAGAAGAUAAAGAAGCUGAAGUGUUGAAGCUCUACGACGUGGCCGACCGUCUGCGCCAAGACAUCUCAAAACGCUCCGAGGAGUACACCAUCUGUACAUAAUAAUUCAAAGUACUUCUUUAUACUACUCAAUAAAAUACCAUCUGUACUUCAUAAUACUUCUAAAUGCAAAAUAAUACUAGAUUAUACUACAUAAAAGUAUUGGCUCUACCUUCCGUAGUACAUUUAGAGACCGUAGGUACCACGAGCAGGUCUGAUAACUGAAGACUCUACCUCCCAUAGUACAUUUAGAGACCGUAGGUACCACGAGCAGGUCUGAUAACUGAAGACUCUACCUCCCAUAGUACAUUUAGAGACCGUAGGUACAACGGGCAGGCCUGAUAACUGAAGGCUCUACCUCCCAUAGUACAUUUAGAGACCGUAGGUACCACGAGCAGGUCUGAUAACUGAAGGCUCUACCUCCCAUAGUACAUUUAGAGACCGUAGGUACCACGAGAAGGCCUGAUAACUGAAGGAUCUACCUCCCAUAGUACAUUUAGGGACCGUAGGUACCACGAGCAGGCCUGAUAACUGAAGGCUCUACCUCCCAUAGUACAUCUAGAGACUGUAGGUACCACGAGCAGGCCUGAUGACUGAAGGCUCUACCUCCCAUAGUACAUUUAGAGACCGUAGGUACCAGGAGCAGGUCUGAUAACUGAAGGCUCUACCUCCCAUAGUACAUUUAGAGACCGUAGGUACCACGAGCAGGCCUGAUAACUGAAGGCUCUACCUCCCAUAGUACAUUUAGAGACCGUAGGUACCACGAGCAGGCCUGAUAACUGAAGGCUCUACCUCCCAUAGUACAUUUAGAGACCGUAGGUACCACGAGCAGGCCUGAUAACUGAAGGCUCUACCUCCCAUAAUACAUUUAGAGACCAUAGGUACCACGAGCAGGCUUCAUUCUUUGAGUGAAAUGCUUUCCUAGUUCUAGUCAGUACAUGAGCUGCAGCGUUUUGGUAUAGUUGAAGAGUCUUACCAGAGCACCCUGAUAAUGGAGAAUUAAAAUAAUCCAACCUGGAGGUAACACAUGCAUGAACUAGUUUUUCUGCAUCGUUUUGCAACAGGAUAUGCCUGAUUUUAGAUUACUACACUAUCCUUCAACAUCUGUACUUUGGAAUACUACAUCAGCUAUAAGUACACUUAAAUACACACACGUUUGUUAAAUGGUUUUAUAAAAAUCUUUCUGAUCAUGUUUUCCUUUUAUAAUAAAGAUCUUGUAAUCUUUUUAUUUCUUCUAAAAUCAUAGAAUAGUAAAACUCUUUAUUGUGUUUUUAAAUCUUGAGAGCCUCUGAGAUUCAUGUUGUGACCUGUUUGGGGGUCCUGAGUUGCUCCCCUCUGGAAAAAUCUUUGUGUUUUUAUAUAAUAAAAAUUAUGUUCACAUGUAA